AUAUAAGGGCAUGUCGGCACGGCAACGGCUGACGUCUGUCCGUCUAAAAACAGACCCAGAGACCCCCCCAGCACACACACACACACACACACACACACACACACACACACUGUGACACUGACACAGCAGACACACACACUGUCUCGAUCGCCGCUCUCUGCCUCGUCUUCUUCUUCUUCUUUGUUUCUUUAUUUGCCUCUUUUUUCUCACCUGUAGGACUCUUACCUGCCGUCCUCCUCCUCCCUCCGUCCCGUGUCUCCCCCGUGUCUCCCCCGUGUCUCCCCCCCCCGGCGCCCUCACCAUGGAGAGUCUGGAGAAGCAGCUCAUCUGUCCCAUCUGCUUGGAGAUGUUCACCAAACCUGUGGUCAUCCUGCCCUGCCAACACAACCUGUGCCGCAAGUGUGCCAACGACGUCUUCCAGGUGAGACUCACACACACACACACACACACACACACACACACACACACACACACACACACACACACACACACACACACACACACACACACACACACCUGUGAGAGAGAGCGAGAGAAAGAAGGAGUGUGUAUAGUUGAGGUCUGACGGGUGUGUGUUGCUUUCAGUCUGUGUUGUUUUUAAUGACACCUGUACCUGUCUGAUGCCCCGCCCCCUGCAGGCGUCUAACCCCUACCUGUCAACCAGGAGUGGCUCCACGGUGACGUCCGGGGGUCGUUUCCGCUGUCCAUCCUGCCGCCAUGAGGUGGUCCUGGACCGACACGGCGUCUACGGGCUGCAGAGGAACCUGCUGGUGGAGAACAUCAUCGACAUGUACAAGCAAGGCAGCAGCAGGUAACACACACACAGACACACACAGACGCACACACACACACACACACACACACACACCUGGAACCAGGCUCAUAUACACCUGUGCUCACCUAUACACUAUAAUAAAACACAAAGGUGACUCUCUCCUCUCUUGUCAAACAGCCUCAAAGCUGCGAAAACAAACAAACAACAAGAACACAAAAACAACAAAAACACAAAAACAACAACCACACUAACAAGAUCCAAAACAACAACAACAAAAAUCCAACAACCAAAAAACAGUCACGACAACAAAAACAAUCAAAACAACUAAAACAACAAAAAAAUAACAAGAUCCAAAACAAGGAAGAAAAAAAUAAAAUAAAUCUAAUUACCAAUAACAAAAAACCCUGAAAAAACAACAAAAAACAAAAACAAUCAAAAACAACAAAAUAAAUCCAACAAUCAUUCAAAAACAACAGCACUAACAAGAUCCAAAACAACAAAAAAAUAAAUCCAACAACCAAAAAACAACGACAACAAAAACAAGACCCAAAACAACAAUGAAAAAAAUCAUACAAAUAAAAAACAACAAAAAACCUUUACAACAAAACAACAAAACAACCAAAACUACAACAAAAAAUAAAACAAUAAAACCGACAACCAAAACCAGAAUAACAACAACAAAAACAACAACAAACACAACAACUUUUAUCACCUGAUCUAAAACUGUAUCUCGUUUUCCUCAAAUCCUUUAAUUGUUUAGAUCUAAAACCGUUAGACCCUCAGUAAGAUGAAAACAUUUAUUCUUUGGUUUGAUACUGACAGAAAACUGUGUCGUCCUAAAUCAAAGCUUCAGAUGUAAACAUUCUCCCUCCUAUUAAAGCAUGGUGGCUACAUGCUACCUAGCUACAUGCUAUCUAGCUAAAUGCUCACAGAUAUUUACUUGUUGUAUCUGACAUCAUCAGUCAGAAUAGGAGGAGUUUAAAGCUAAAAGCUCUUAGUGAUGAUAAACAUAUAAAAUAAUAACGUUAGUGAAUUCAGCUGACCUAACAGUCAUGCUACUGUAGCAUCUCGCUAACUAUUAGCCUGCAGAAUCUCUACGCUUAGGUCCUGUAAUGAUGCUAAGCUAAGCUAACUUUGUGAGCACAUGGUGAGCUACAUGUGCAGCUGUGUGUCAACAGGCUGUUUACUGAGGAGGAGGAGGAGGAGGAGGAAGACAGUGAUGAAGGUGACAGGUGUGUCUUAGCUGUUAGCCGUUAGCACAGUUAGCUGUGAGUCCAGUUCUAUUUUUAAAUGUGGGUCAAUGAGACAGCAGCUUCACAGGAAUGUCCCUCAGAAGGACGAGGACAUGUGCUUCAGGGUCCAUCACAGGAGAGUCUGCUUUUUAAAAAACAUCGAAAUAAAAUUCACAAUUAAGAAAUAAAGAAUUAAAACAGUGACUAAUGAGAGGAGAAACAUGAACACGUCAAAUUAUUGAGUAACAUUAAAACAGGAUCGUUUUCUCGUCCAGAUUUAAGCUUUUAGAAACACUGACAGAGUGUAACAGGAACAGUCUGUGAGGGUCUUUUAUACUGUGGCCCCAAAGGUUUACGGCAUAAACAUUUACAUUAAACACACAAAAAGAAAAACAUAAAAACAAUUCACACAAAAAAUAUUUCACAAAAUGCAAAAACACAUUUGAAAACAUAAACUUUUUCAUAAAACACAAAAAAUCAGAAACAAAAAAGCUUUUCACAGAAUAUUUAUUUCGAUAAAACUUUAAAUAAAUAACAAAAAUGGUUCAUAAAUAACUUUAAUCAUGUGUGUCAUAGUUACGUGUUUGUCAACUUUAACACAGAGAUAUCGUGUGUGUGUGUGUGUGUGUGUGUGUGUGUGUGUGUGUGCAGUCAGCCCGUCCCUGAGGUGAAGCAGCAGCAGCCGAUGUGUGAGGAACACGAGGGAGAGAAGAUCAACAUCUACUGCGUCACCUGCAGCGUUCCCACCUGCUCUAUGUGUAAGGUGUUCGGGUCGCACAAGGACUGCGAGGUCGCCCCGCUCAACAACGUCUUCCUCACGCAGAAGGUGAGGGGGGCGGACAGGGGAGGACGGGGGGGACAGAGUAAGAGACAGGGGGGACAGACUGGUGUUCACUGAAGGAGUCAAUCAGACGGGGUUAUGGGACCGUUUUCGUCUACAGACAGAUUUAACAGUCAGAGGAGUCGCCCCCUGCUGGUCAUUAGAGGGAGUACAGGUUUGUUCUGACUUUACCUAUAAUGUCCUCUUCUCUAUGACCACCUGUGUCAGAAACGCAGGCGGUACAAACUGACCAAUCACAGCUGUUGUUAUUUCUCUGUCAGACCUUGAGAGUCAGUGUUACUGUCUGACCACCAGAGGGCGCACAGACGCCAUCAUUGAGCUUUCCUAACAGAAACUGACUGUUCAGAGAUGUGAGAGGAGCUCUGUCUCCGUGUGACCCGACAGAGUUGGAGUUAUGUCAGAUUUAAAGUGUGUGUGUGUUUGUUUUUGUGUUAUUGUGGGGACCAGACACUGACAGACUCUCUCUCUUGUGGGGACCUUCUUGCUUGUGCAGAUAUUUUGUAAAGUCUUAACAAAAAGUGUGUGUGUGUGUGUGUGUGUGUGUGUGUGUGUGUGUGUGUGCAGGCCGAGCUGACCGACUGUAUCUCCAUGCUGGUUGGAAACAACGAGCGGACUCAGGCCAUCAUCAGUCAGCUGGAGGAAACCUGCAGAACUGUAGACGUGAGUUCAUCAAACCGCCGCUCUCUCAGAUUUUAACGUUGAAACUUUAACGAGUUUUUAUAAUUUAGACCUAAAUCGAAGUUUACUCUUGACAGUUACACUCACUUUAGUAACUCGGAUCAUCACUGUUUAGACCUGUAUAAUCUGUCGUCUUUAAUCAUCGCUGUUAUGGUUUCCCCUCCCCCGCUGCACACCUGCUCUACCUGGGCGCCGUGUUUGUGUGUCUCAGGAGAACGGGCGCAGACAGAAGUCGAAGGUGUGCGAGUCGUUCGAUCACCUGUUCGCCCUGCUGGAGGAGCGGAAAGGUGAGAUGACUCUGAGGAUCAACUGUGAGCAGGAGGAGAAGCUGGACUACAUCCGCAGCCUGAGGAGGAAGUACAGCGAGCACCUGGAGAACAGCGCCAAGCUGGUGGAGACCGCCAUCCAGACCCUGGAUGAGUCCGAGAUGGCCGUGUUCCUGCAGGUGACCCUGAACACACCACACCCUCACAGGAAGUCUGUUUGGAUGGUUCUGAUUGGUCACAUUUUCACAUUAAUUAAUUAGUUAAUUAACUAAUUGUUGAAUUGAUCAGUUAUUGAUCUUUCUUCUUUCCUCCUCAGACAGCCAAACCUCUGCUGCAGAAGUGAGUGUCCGUCUCAGACAUCAUGUGACUCUGUGUGUGUUGUCAUGGUAACAUGCCUGCAGGUGUCACUUCACCUGUUGUUUGUAUGUUUGGCGUUCAGGCUGGUGGGCGGCACCGACACCUCGCACAUGGAUAAGGUCCAACACGGCUACGAGAAGAUGGACCACUUCACCGCCAACUUUGAGCGCCAGAGGAGAGCGCUGAGCAAGAUCGACUUCGUCAAACGUAAGACGCACCUGUGUGACAUCAUUAUCUCACCAUCCAAUCAGAGACAAGGAGGAUGAACUCAAGAGAGGGCUGAGACGACAGAGGUUAUCUGAGACGAUUGAAAGCAGUCAGGAGAAACAUCAUCAUUAAUAUCCUGUCCAACGCCGGUACUUCCUGGUAUCGUCUCUGUGUGGUAAAUACUGCUCGUUACGAAGCGCUCUGAUUGGUCUUUAGGGAAUAAAAAGGACAGACUCCUCCUUUAAACAGUUUAUCUCAGAUGACUCUCAGGCGUCGGCGUUUCAUCCGCUGAGCUUCGUGACGACACUGUUAGCGAAACGUGUUAGCAUGGCUGAUGUUAUCGUACUGUUCAUGGCGUUGACCUCACAUGACCUCUGUGCCGUCCCCUUAGUCGACGAAGACGAUGAUGAUGAAGAUGACGAGGUUGUGGAGGUCAGAGGGACGACAGCAGGAAGUCGAGUUGAGCCGCCACCACCUCAAGCUACAGGACUGUCAGCCAAUCAGCAGCCUCUGCCGGCUGCUGUUCAGCCAACAGGAGCUCAACUUUCAGCCCCGCCCCCUCAGAAACCCUCAGAGGCUCCGCCCACCACCAGCAGCACCUCACAAACAAAGAGCCCCGCCCCUUCAACAUCUGCGCCUGUCCCUCUGCCCCUCCCCACUGCCAGCUCCGCCCCCCAGGUAUGACAUCAGUGUAACAUUCAGGUGCUGCUGGGAAAUCUGAGCGUCCUGUUUCUUAAAGACGGAGAAACCCUCCAAUCAGGAGGGUUAGUGUGUGUGUGAGUGUGUGUGUGUCUGUGUAUGUGUGUCUGUCUGUGUGUGUAUCUGUGUGUGUGUCUGUGUGUGUGUGUGUGUGUGUCUGUGUGUGUCUGUGUCUGUGUGUGUCUGUGUGUGUGUCUGAGUGUGUCCAGUUCUUAUCUAACCUCUAACAGCUGACCGUCUCUCCUGGUUCUGCAGCAGGUUCAGUCCGAUCAGCAGAACGAGUCUGAGGACAAAGAUGGACCCAAACACGUCUUCUCCUUCAGCUGGCUCAACCAGAAAUGAGACCAGAGAAACCAGUGAAACCAGUGAGUCCAGGACCAGGACCAGAACUGGGCCGGGCUUUUCUAUCAUUUUAUAACCACAGAAACAGAGACCGUCUUUGUACCGGGUCGGUCUGAACGUCUGUCUGUUAGAUAUUUUAUUUUUAUGUGUGAUCAUCUGUUUUAUUGUUCUGAAUAAAUUAUGUUUUAUUUUGAAGGGCUGUUUCCCGUCUUACUUCUAAUUAUUAUAAUAAUAGUAAUUAUUAUUAUCAAUAAAUAUAAAUAUUAACAAAUAUAAAUAUGUUGUCUAACAGGAUAAAUAACAGAUGUCCUGCUUACUGGAAGUCAAUCGAUUCAAUCUUGAUAUUAAAUCUCUAAAUCUAAUGAUUAAAAACAAAAUAUCAGAAUGUUGAUGAUUUAAAUUAAAAAAUUCUAAUUUCUCUGUAAAACCAGACGACUAAACCGAUUAAAUGAAAUAAUAACAAUAAUAAUCAA